CCAUCGAGGUAUAAGGAUUGAGAUGCACAUUUUGAGCAUUUAAUUGCGCGACUGUCUCCAACAUUCAGCAUAUCAUAAAUCAGAUAUACAACCCACUGUUAUUUAAGCUGACUUGCUUUCGUGGUAUAGCACCGUCCGCCAGUAUUUUGUCAGUUAAAGUUAGCUAUAGCCAGCUAAUGCUCGACCUCCGUUAAGUGGACAUGUUCAAAGUUAAAAUACUAUUGAUUGGUCCUAAUGAGAGUGGGAAAACAGUUCUUGCCAAUUUUCUCGCAGACACAACUGCGGAAAAUGUGGGAGGCGAAUACAGACCUACUCAAGGAGUCAGGAUACUGGAAUUUGAAUCGAAACUUGAGGGCGGCAGUGACAACAAGGCAUGUGAGCUUGAACUUUGGGACUGUUCAGGGGAUUUCAAAUUUGAAUCAUGCUGGCCUGCACUCAUGAAGGACUCCAGUGGUGUGAUGAUCAUUUUUAAUCCAGAUGUUCCAAGUCACCUUAAAGAAGUAGAGACCUGGCAUUCAAUGUUCAUCUCCUCCCAGGGUUUGCAGGACAGCCAGUGUCUGCUGAUGGCUCACCAUAAGCCCGGCUGUGCAGUAGAAGGACGGCUGUCUUUAGGUAAUCCCCUUGCACAUCACAAAGGUAUUGUAUGAACUACGCUUAUUAUUUCUAAGCUAAAGUUCAUUCUUCUCUAUGCAGCCCCGCAUUUGAGCAGACUUCCACUUAUUCACUCCAACCUGGAGGAGGAGCCAGAGGAUGUGAGGAAAGCUUUCCGCAGAUACUUGGGAAAAGUUUUAAAUGUACUUUCGGAAAGUCGAGAGCGAGAGGAGAUGUCUAUUAUUACAUAGAAAAUAUGCAGCUUAACGAGGUUUGUUGGCAUUUGCAAACGCUCUUCAAGUGACAUGAAGGGACACUUCUCAUUUGUAAGUUAUUAAUUAUUCAGCUUUGUAGAAAAUGUAG